GGGGUUCAUCUCUCGGGACUGCGGUGCCUGAAAAUCUGGUGGCUUCACGAAUCACAAGAUCCUCGCACAGAGAUAUUUAUUUGUGCUUCACAUGGCCGAGGCGGCAACUUCAUCGAGCCCGCGGGUCAAUUCAUACCAUUGUCUAUGCAGUACACUCAUUCUUGCUACGGUGCAUGACCUCCAAUAUCUUCCUCACCGCACUGAACCAGUCCGGGACGAUGCUUUGAUCCUUCCUCCUCCCAUCGAUAUCAACAAUUCCAAUGAGCUGUCGAUAACGAGCGACCGACCUGCUGAAUCUGUUUUGCUAAACACUGUGCUCGAACGCAAAGCUGUCGUCAUUCGGCGCGAGGAUGGGUUCGAGAAGAGAAGGUUACUGAGGUGUGGAAGAUGCAAGCUCCCGCUUGGUUUCAGUCUUGAAGGGGCACACUCGACAAAUGCAGAGAAACCGGCAGAGCCUGUGUAUCUGCUCCCUGGAGGACUCGUAACGACCGGAGACAUGAGCAAGGGAGUCAAACCGGACACACCAUCCUGGGCACAGAGUGCAUGAGCAGAAGUAUUCAGACACACAAGACACGUUGAAGGAAUUGUAUCUGCUUCCCCGGUAUCCGUGGGACUGAAUCACAGGUAUAUGCCUGUGUCAACACCGUGGUGCCGUUUGUGAAGAACCAACCCUAGACAAUUUGCGCCAGAGCCAACGCAGCCACCAAGCAAUGAAUUGCUUUGCAUGCCAUAACACCAUACACUCGUGAUCAAGAGACGCUCCAACUUUCCAUAUGCGCGUAGACAGAACCUCAAUUAGCAAGAAUGGUGCGGACCAAUUCCAUGUAGUUGAUCUCCC